AUGGCGGGCCUGGGCGGCGCAGGCAGCGCCGACAUCACGCUCUACUCCGCCGGCACGCCCAAUGGAUGGAAGGCCAGCAUCUGCCUGGAGGAGCUGGAGCUGCAGAAGGAGGACUGGUACCUUGCGAUCAACCCCAACGGACGCAUCCCUGCCAUAGUGGACCACCGCGGCGGGGACCUGCCGGUGUUUGAGUCGGGCGCGGUACUGCUGCACCUGGCUGAGCAGGACCCGCAGCACCGCCUGCUGCCCGCCGACAAGGCGGGGCGGGCCGAGGUGCUGAGCUGGCUGUUCUGGCAGGUGGGCGGGCUGGGUCCCAUGGCUGGCCAAGCCGACUGGUUUCUGGUGUAUGCCCCCGAGCGAAGCGAGCUGGCCAUCAGCCGCUACGUGAACGAGGUGCAGCGCCUGUUCAGCGUGAUGGAGAAGCGCCUGGAGGGGCAGGAGUGGCUGGCGGCUGGCCAGUUCAGCAUUGCAGACGUGGCGGCCUUCCCCUGGGUGCUGCUGCACGACCUGUGGGGCAUCUCCCUGGCUGCAUUCUACCCCAAUCUGCGCCGCUGGGUCGACGCCAUCAAGGCCCGCCCCACCGUGCAGCGCGGGCUGAAUGUGCCCGAGACAAACAUGGUGCUGGGGUACUGGCAGCACAUGCUGGAGCGGGCCAAGAAGGGGCUGGAGGGUGUCAAGCCCUUCCCGGAGCCAGAGGAGUGA